AUGGUGGUCGCACCACCCGAGGAUUUUGCCGAUGGCAGCAGCUUCACUAUCGGACGUAGCGGUUACAGCACGCGUCGUGCCAUUGGCAGUAGCACUUCAUCGGGAUCGUUUUCGGCAAGCCAAUCUCGGAUCGCUUCGUCUCAUCGAUCGCCGCUUUUUCAAGAUGACAAGCAGUAUUCAAAACAUGAUCGACGACGACGAUGGUGGCAUGUCCUCUUGGCAGCGUUUGCAAUACUUUGCUUUGUGCAGUUAGUGGGAACGUUUGUCGUUGGCACAGUUAUCUAUAACAAGUUGGGAUCCAUUCGCAUUGAUAUUCGAGAAUAUCCAGCUCUUCGAUACGUGGGACUCGACAAUGCAUCUCAAGUCAUUACAAAGGAUGUGGAUGGCAAGCGGUUAUCGGUUUAUCACGUGACCAAAGAGUUUGGAGCAGCAUCGAUGGGAGGAAUGGGGAUGGUGGUUACUGCCAUGGCAACAGCACUCAAAAGAACGGGCGAGGUGGAUGUAUCGAUUGUCAUGCCAUUUUAUUCUUUUCUUGACAAUGAAUAUGACACCGAAAAGGUGGCGGAUCUCGUGAUCAACGUGAAUCAAGGAAGCAAUCAAGUACCUGUGGAAUUUACAGUAUGGAGGAUGACGCAUGGUCUUUCACCGACACUAUCUGAAAAUGCAUCCAGCUUAAGAAUGGUUACCAGCAACAGCAGCACAAGCGACACAUCCUCGAUACCAUCACCCUUUGUACAACCUACGGAAGCGUUUCCGGUGUAUCUUAUUGGUCCGGGCAACAUCCGUCCUUUUGACUUGGCAUUUCGAGCUGAUAAUACAGUGGAGAUCUAUUCAACGCCUGAUGGUUUACCACAAGAGUGGAAGGAUCAAUACUUCAACAAGGCUGUAGCUGAAUUUAUUUCAUUUCAAGCAAAGUCAACGAGUUCGGCUGUCGACGUAGUACAUCUUCAUGGUGCUACCAACGCAUAUACAAUGAAACACCUUUGGGAUAACAAUGACACCCCCACUCGACCUGCUAUCAUGUACACCUUGCACGAUUAUCUCGAUGAACUACAAUACACCAUUCGCGCGAAGAACGUGGAAAAGUUCCUUGAUACGCCCGAUCAACGCUUGAUACAAUAUACACGAGGAGGACGUAUGUUUAUGUCGAGUCUUGGAAUUGAUUAUGCUGAUGUGGUGACGUACGUGAGCCAUCAAAUGACGAUUGAUAUGGUGGAAGGACGAGAUGACUUUUAUCUCAAGGAGCUCGUUAUGGAGAACAUUUUACGCAAAGCGCAGCAAGGACGAUUCUUUGGCAUCACGAAUGGAGUUGAUUAUGGUGCAUUGGAUCCAUUUACGAAUGAUCAGCUUGUCGACCAUGGAGCAUCUUAUCCGCAAUAUGCCCAAGCAUUACUAUACCGGCAACAUGAUAAUCAAACCAUGACAUGGCAACUAUCCCCCGAUCCAAAUGACUAUGUAUCCAAUGCCAAAUAUCAUGCCAAGAGGUAUCUUGUGGAUCAAGGUAUCCUUUCAGAGCGGGACUUGACAAGGCCAGUGAUUCUAUACGUGGGUCGAUUCCAAUACAACAAGGGAUUUGAAAUGUUUGAUGAUGCAGCACGCCUAUUUACCGAACGCGACGCCAAAUUACUGAUCAUUGGGCAACCUAACAAUUAUCCUUUGCGUUGGGUGGAAGACCUUGAGCAACGUUAUCCAAAUCAUGUUACCGUCAUGUCGACCGAAGAAGAACAGCACCAAUGGCUUGUACUAUGCCGUGCUGCCAGUGAUUUUGUAUUUGUGCCAAGUCUUACUGAGAGCUUUGGUCUCGUGGCUGCAGAAGGUUUGCUCUUUGGUGCACCUGUCAUUUCUACAGGAGCUGGUGGACUUAAGGAAUUCCUUGUUGAUCGACCCUCACACGCAAGACAACCUGUACGAGCUGUUCCGGAUGGCAACAAUGGAGAGCUGAUGGCUGAAAGCCCAAAGCAACAAUACAACGCUUAUCUCUUUGAGCCAUUUGAUGUACCAUCACUUCAAGCAGCCAUUCAUGACGCCAUCAAUGAUUAUCAUCGGUUUACCAAAAGCAAAGCUACACGAGAAGAGCUGCUCUUACGGAUGAUCCAUGAUGCAUUUAACUUGGGAUGGAGCAGGGGUAAUGGAAAAGGACCUGUGCAUGACUAUCUUAAGGCAUACAAGGUUGCUUUUUGCAGCCGGUGA